AUGAGCUCAUCCCACCUAAGCUACAAUGCUGAGAGCCACUUUAGAGCCUCAGAGGAGCAUGAACUGCAGGCAGUGGGGAAGAAAGCUUGGGACAACCCUGUUUACAAUGGCUCUCCCUCUUCCUCCUUGAAGAUUCGAGCCAUCUACAACCCCAAAUCCAUCCUGGAGAAUCCCUAUGAGAACUUUGAAGAGGUGAGGGAUUCAUUGCGUUACCAGGAAGAGCAGAGCAAAGCUGUGGAUGGGAAGACAAGUCCUUUCCUCAAGUGCUGCUUCUACAUCUUCAGAGGCAUCCGAGGUCUGUGGGGCACUACGCUGACUGAGAACACAGCUGAAAACAGGGAACUUUAUGUGAAGACCACACUGCGAGAGCUGCUAGUUUAUAUUGUGUUCUUGGUGGACAUCUGUCUAUUGACAUAUGGAAUGACAAGUUCCAAUGCCUAUUACUACACCAAAGUGAUGUCUGAGCUCUUCCUGCAGACCUCUUCAGACAGCCGUGUGUCCUUCCAGUCCAUUGGCAGCAUGGCCGACUUCUGGGUGUAUGCACAAGGCCCCCUUCUGGAUAAUCUUUACUGGACAAAGUGGUACAACAACAAGUCCCUAGUCACGCGCAGCACCCAGUCAUGCAUCUAUUAUGAGAACCUGCUGCUGGGUGUCCCCCGCAUGCGACAACUGAAGGUGAAGAACAAUUCCUGUGUGGUCCAUGAUGACUUCAAGGAGGAAAUCUCAGGGUGCUAUGAUGUAUAUUCAGAAGACAAGGAGGAAAAGGUUUCCUUUGGGCUCAUCAAUGGAACCGCGUGGAGGUACCAUUCUGAGGAGGAGCUGGGUGGCUCAUCUCACUGGGGAAGACUAAACAGUUACAGUGGGGGAGGAUACUACAUAGACCUCAAGUUGACUAGAGAAGAGAGUGCUGAAGACCUGCAAGUUUUGAAAGAGAAAUUGUGGCUAGAUCGGGGGACACGAGUUGUUUUCAUUGAUUUCUCUGUGUAUAAUGCAAAUAUCAAUCUGUUCUGUGUUCUGAGGUUAGUGGUUGAGUUUCCAGCCACUGGUGGUGCCAUUCCCUCCUCGCAAAUCCGGACAGUCAAGCUUAUACGAUAUGUCAGUGCAUGGGACUUCUUCAUUGUUGCCUGUGAAAUUGUCUUCUGUGUCUUCAUUUUCUACUAUGUGGUGGAGGAGAUUUUGGAGCUGCGUAUCCACAAGCUUCAGUACUUCACCAGCAUCUGGAACAUCCUGGAUGUGGUUGUCAUUCUGCUUUCCAUCGUCGCUAUUGGGUUUCACAUCUUUCGCACCACUGAGGUGAACAGACUGUUGGGAGAGUUGCUGAAACAUCCAGACACCUAUGCAGACUUCGAGUUCCUGGCAUUCUGGCAGACACAGUACAACAAUAUGAAUGCAGUCAACUUGUUCUUUGCCUGGAUCAAGAUAUUCAAGUAUAUUAGCUUUAACAAAACAAUGACCCAGCUCUCCUCCACACUGGCACGCUGUGCCAAGGACAUCCUGGGCUUUGCCAUUAUGUUCUUCAUUGUCUUCUUUGCCUAUGCCCAGCUGGGUUACCUUCUUUUUGGGACGCAAGUGGAAAACUUUAGUACCUUUGUUAAAUGCAUCUUCACCCAGUUUCGGAUCAUUCUUGGUGACUUUGACUACAAUUCCAUUGACAAUGCCAACAGGGUCCUUGGGCCGAUUUACUUCAUCACCUAUGUGUUCUUUGUUUUCUUUGUGCUCCUGAACAUGUUUCUGGCCAUCAUCAAUGACACCUACUCAGAAGUCAAGGAGGAGCUUUCAAACCAGAAGGAUGAGCUGCAGCUCUCAGACAUCUUGAAGCAGAGCUACAACCGGACGCUCAUGAGACUGAAGCUGAAGAAAGAGCAGAUUUCUGAUGUGCAGAAAGCACUGAAGAAUGGAACAAAAGAACUAGACUUUGAAGACUUCAAGAACAGCUUGAAGGAAUUGGGCCAUGCAGACCAUGAGAUCACAGCAGCCUUCUCCAGGUUUGACAAAGAUGGCAACCACAUCCUUGAUGAAGGGGAGCAACAGCAGAUGAAGCAUGACCUAGAAGCAAAAAAGGUUGCUUUGAAUGCAGAAAUUGAAAAUUUGGGGAAAUCCUAUGGCGACAACAACCUGGAUGAGAAUCUGACCUACAUGGAAACAAGGAAUAACCAUGCCAAUAAGGCCAGCUGGGUCUCUGAAGAAGAGUUCGAAGUCCUCCUGCAACGUGUGCUGCAGCUGGAACAGUCCAUAAACAGCAUUGGCUCCAAGAUUGAUGCAGUGGUGAGCAAGCUAGACAUGCUGGAAAUAAACAAGCUGAAGAGGACAGACCUGUUGGGCAAACCACUGGAUAAUGUUAGCAAGGACGAAGAACCCAGUCAGGAAGAGCUGCUCCCCCAGAGCCUAGACCAGCUGGGGAAAGAAGAAGCAGAAGGCUGGGGGAUGAAAUAUGUACAGGGGAACAACUCGAGUGGCAACUCUUCCCAAAAUGGGGUCUAUCCCAUCUUGCCCAGGUCAAGUGUGCCGGGGUCUCAGGUGCCCAGGAACAUCUAG